AUGGCUGACGAAACCGCCCUCCACGACUUUCCGUCGCUGUUCUCCCUGAAGGGCAAGGUCGUCGUAGUGACUGGCGGAUCGAGAGGCCUGGGCUUGAAUGCUGCCUCGGCCUUCCUCCAAGCCGGCGCCUCGACCGUCUUCAUCACCUCGCGCAAGGCCAAGGCCUGCGAGUCGGCCGUGGCCCAGCUCAACGCCCUGCCGAACCUGAGUCCCGGGGCGCGCGCCAUCUCGGCGCCGGCCGACUCGUCGACCAUGGAGGGCAUCGCGUCGCUGGUGGCGCAGGUCAAGAAGCACACGGCGCACGUCGACAUCCUGUUCGCCAACGCGGGCGCGACGUGGGGCGAGGCCUUCGACUCGCACCCGGACGGGGCGUUCGCCAAGGUCAUGGACCUGAACGUGCGGGCCGUCUUCAACACGAUCCGCGAGUUCGCGCCGCUGCUGCAGGCGCGCGCGCGCCUCGAGGACCCCUCGCGCGUGCUCAUCACGGCGUCGGUCGCGGGGCUCGGCAUCGGCACCCUGGGCAAGCAGGCCACCUUCGGCUACAGCGCCAGCAAGGCCGCCGUCCUCCACCUGGGCCGCAACCUGGCCGUCGAGCUGGGCCCGCGCCACAUCACCGUCAACUCCAUCUGCCCGGGCUUCUUCCCGACCAAGAUGAGCUCCGGCCUGCUGGAGAUGAGCGGCGGGCUCGACAAGCACGCCCGCGGCAACCCCAUGCGCCGCCUCGGCCAGCCCGAGGACAUUGCCGGCGUCGUCAUCUACCUGAGCUCGCGGGCCGGCAGCCACGUCAACGGCGCCGCCAUCGAGAUUGACGGCGGCAGCCUGUGGGCGCGGGGCGGGCUGCUGGAUGCUGGGGAGGAGGACAAGGCAAAGCUGUGA